AUGCAAUCCAAUAGUGGUGGGAUGCCUGGAGGUAGUAUGAACGCAACGUCGAUGCAAGACAUGCAACGUUUGCAGCUCCAAAUGGCGCAGUAUCAACAGCAGCAGCAACAACAACAACGACAGGCGCCCGUCGGAAACCAGCUACUCCUUAACAAUCACAACAGUGUGUCAAACCUAAAUAUGCAGCAGCAGUUUCCCAGCAACACAAACAACGCGCCUACCGCAUCAUUUGUGAACCUGUCGACACAAUCUGGCGCCGCAGGUCGUAUGAGUAAUCCGGCGCUUGCCAUGAUGCAACAACAGCAGCAGGGAGUUGUGACAGGUAGCAAUGGCGCUUCAUUGAUGAAUUCCGGGGGUCCCAACGCGGCUUCCAUGUUUAGUUGGAAUGGAAUGCAGCAGCCACAGCAGGGUCAGAACGCGUCGUCGAUGGACGCCAGCACCGGAAGUAGUGCUCGUCUCAUGGCUAUGGCUAACAUGAAUCGUAUGAGUAUAGGGGGAGGGGCCGGUACUAUUUCAGGGCAGGGGAAUAGUAUGAAUCCGUCUACGAGCACAAUGCCGAAUAUGCAGACUUUACUUCAGCAGCAGCAGGUGAACGCCUCUCAUACACCAAAUCAGAUGGGCUUUCAGCAGCAGCAUCACUUGUCGGGGUCUCAGAUGGGAUCGUCCACAAAUACGAAUCACACCAACGGUGGAGGAGCACAGCAGCUUAUGCUACAGCAGCAGAUCGCGAGUUUACAGAAGCAGAUGCAAUUUCAACAUCAAGGUGGCAUUGGAACCGUAUCAGCUAUGCAGAAUCCUUCUAUAUCCAAUGCAACUGUUGGCAGUGCGGGUCCACGGGCGGCAAACUCGCUGCAAUCUCACCAGCAGCAACUUCUGCAGCAAAUACAGCAACAACAGCAUGUUGGGCCCGGGCCUCCUUCUAUGCCUGCGCAACACCAGCAACCCUAUCAACAACACCAAAUGUCUGCCGGAAUGCAGUCUCUGCAUCAGCAAGACUCGACUCCACAAAAUAUGAUGAAUAUGCUUCAACAGCAACCUCAAUCUCACGCCAGAAAUAAUGCCAUGGCUAACGUGAUGAGUGAUCAAUCAAGUCAGACUCUUAGUCGAAGUGGGUCCUUAAAUGAGCAACAGUUGCGAAUUCAUCAGCAGAAUCUGCUGCGUGCUUCAUCCGGGCAGCAAACCACGGUGUCGGAUACGCAAGAAGCGGCGAAGUCCGUAAGAUCGCAGCAGCAGUCACCAAGUCAACCGUCCAAACAACAUGGAAUGCAUCCACAAAAUGCAACGUCGUAUCAACCAUCCAACAAUAUUGUACAGGGUCCAUUUGGCGGAAUGCAUGGCUUGCCCAAUCAGCAUAGCAUGCAAAGUGUGUCCAACCAACAGCUAAACAAUCAUGGGAAAGCAAUGCCGAUGCAUUCCGAUGGUAGCACUACUUUAGGCAUGUCCUCACAUGGGAACAAUAGCAUGUACAGUGGGCAAAUGAGUGGUAGUAACGCUUCUCAGCAGCAGGGUAGCGACGAUCCAAUUUCCAUUUCACAGCACAGUAAUUUAAGUGCUGGUCAGCUGUCACGCACUCAUCAAGCGAGCAGCAAUGACUCUGGACAAAAGACUUUUCUGGAUGGUAGCUUUGCUGGGGGCUGGCAAUCUAACGAUGAUCUGCCAGAUCGACGUCGCGUUAUAUUUAGCAUUUUAGAGGUGAUUCGGCAGAUUCGGCCCGACGAUACGAGCAAAAUGUCAAACAAACUACCUCAUAUGGCAAAGAGCCUGGAAGAGCAUUUGUAUCGAUCGGCACACAGCAAAGACGAAUACAUGGAUUUUUCAACUCUGAAGGAGCGUUUGCAAGCAAUUGCGCAUGGACUUGACCUGCACAGAGGUUCCUCUUCGCCAAUGGUUUCCAAGAAUCAUGAUACGACGCACUUGCCCCAGCAAAGUAGUAAUCCAAGCUAUUCAAAUAUUGAGUCUCAGCAGAAUUCUUUGCAAAUCGGCUUUCCGCCAAGCUUGACUGCAUCUGGUCCGACAAGUCAGCAGCAUCAAAAUGCGGGUUGGACGGGUCCAUAUGAUGUAAGUUCCAAGGAUGUGAUGAAAAUUCAAGGCCAAAACAACGCCGACAAUUUAGUUGUGCAGAGAAACGCAGCUAGUCAGCAGAGCUUUGGACGUAUUGCUGGUUCGAAUAGUCAACAUGGAGGCAUUAUGUCGGGAUCAAAUACCGCUGGUCCAAACCACAACAGCGGAAUUUGGCCAACGAAUAUGGGAUCGUCGGAAAGUUUGGGUCAACCGAGCAUAGGGAAUGUGGCAAUGAACGGCGGCUCGCAGCAUCAAUCCUCAAUGAAUCAAGGGAUGAACGAUAUGGCGUCGAUGAGUCAGACUUCGCAACAGAACGAUUUUGCUGGGUCUUCCCUGUUUAUUGAUCCUUUGCAAGGCUUCAAUUGGCAGAGCGGUUUCCUUUCGGACUCAAAUAUGCCUCCCCCUGUCGGGAAUGGUAUAGUUAACUCGGAUUAUCCAAAUACACCCAAGUACCAGGAUCCGGGCGUAGCGCAGAAGCAGAAGGUCAUAUUGCAGCAGCAACAGCGAUUGCUGCUACUUCGGCAUGCCAGUAAAUGCAAGGCGGGAUCAAACUGUACGACGAAGUUCUGUUCUCAGAUGGUGACCUUGUGGAAGCAUAUGAAGACUUGCCGUGAUAAGAAUUGUAAGACUUCUCAUUGCUUGAGCAGUCGUUGUGUUUUGAAUCACUACCGUAUUUGCAAAAAUCAAGGCAAGACGUCGACUUGUGAAGUAUGCGGUCCUGUGAUGGCGAAAAUCCGUCAACAGGAGCGCGACGAUGGUACUGGUGAUCCCUUGGCCACCGAUUCCUCUGCCAUGAACUAUCUUCAGCCAAGCUUGAAUGCUCUUCCAAAUGUGAUUCCGACAAAACAAAUCGGUGGUUUGUCACAGGUUCGACGGAGCGAUAAUAUUUUGGAAAAUUCUUGUCAAAGUGAACAGGUCCAGCUGCAGCAAUUGCAGGCGCAGCAAAUGAAACUUCAAACACAGUUGGAUUCAUUGAAGCAGCUUCAGAAACAGCAAGAGCAAUUGCUCGAGCAGCAGUCGAGAAUACAGGAGCAGGCGCAUAAGGUCAAGGACCCAAGCUCCCAGCAAGCACAACAAUUGCAACAACAGCAGCUUCUUCUGCAUCAGCUACAGAAACGAUGCGAACAACAGCAGCUUCAGCUACAACAAGAGAUUCAGUCCCAAUCGAGAACAGCUGGUUUGGCCCAAGCUCAGGCUCAGCAAUUCCAAGCGGCAGCACAGUUUCGUACAAGUGUACAAGAGGCCCAGAUGUUGCAGUCUUCAUCACCAAUUAUUCCUGGAUCCUACGGGGAACCAACAGAGUCUAAGAAAAAGCGGCAUACGGUAACAAAAUCCAAACGAAUUUCGUCGAAAGGGAAGCGUGGUGGGAAAGGGAAAGGACUUCGGGCUGCGGUUGAGGUUCUAUCAUCCCAUGAUCCAGCCGAAGAUAACUUUGAUCCAUAUGCCUCGCCAAAAAAGAGGGGUCUGUCUUCUUCUUCGAAGCCAGCGCAAAAGAAAAGGAAGGCAACUUCCGAUAAAGAGGCUGACCCAGGCGAAAGGGCGACAGGAACUGAUAUUGUGGAAGACUCGACGCUGGCGUAUGAAGGCAAUACGUCUUUGCUUCCGUUCAUGAGUCUAGUCAGCGUCAGAAAACAUGUGGAUUCUCUGAAUAAAAAAACAAGUCUUUGGUCUCGCAUGGUGACUUACAAGUGUCUUCCAGUCAUUCAAGAGCUCAUUGACGACCAGUUUGGGUGGGUUUUCCACGACGCCGUCGAUCCAAUUGCACUUGGCUUGCCCGACUACUUUGAUGUUGUGAAACAUCCCAUGCAUCUCGAGCUUGUGAAGAAAAAACUGGAAAAUGCGAUCUACUGUGACACAGACAGUUUUGCGCAUGACGUUGAGCUAGUUUUUGAGAAUGCUAUUUUGUACAAUGGGGAAACCAGUGAAGUUGGAGAGCUAGCGAAUAGUUUCUUGGUCAAGUUUGCUCAGAUAUACGAGAAGCUCAUUGCAGGAAUCGAGUCGCCGCAGCAACUCGUGAAAAAGAAUGGGGAGGCUUGUGCUCUCUGUGGUCUCCAAAAGAGACAGCUUGAGCCAUUAUCGCUUUAUUGUCAUGGGAACUGUGGUAUGCAGCCUAUCGAAAGGCAUUCAUCUUACUUUACCGAUCACUCAAAAUCAAAUCUUUGGUGUUUAUUGUGUUACGAUCAGUUGCACGAAGAAAAAAUCAUAUUGCUGGACGACGGAAGUGAUAUUAGAAAAAAGGAUUUACAAGAGUUCAAGAAUGACACUUGUCCUGAGGAAGCAUGGAUCACUUGUGACGAGUGUAAUUCUCAAGUUCACGAAGUUUGCGCUCUUUUCAGCAGGAGAAACGAGGCAAAAGCUUCGUACACCUGCCCAAACUGCUAUACCUCGAAAUCUUUAGCGUCGCAAAGCACGAAGUCUGUGGCCAAGUUUGUAAAGGGGGCUGAUUAUUUACCACACUGUAAAAUGAGUAUUGAUAUCGAAAAGGGACUUCAUAGAACGCUCCAAGAUCUCUAUGAUGCCAAAGCGAAAGAUGAAAAAUUGGGGGCCGGCCAAACUGAGCAAGCGGAGGGUCUCACUGUUAGAGUGCUAUCAAAUGUAGAAAAGAAACAAUCUGUAGGAGCGAGGAUGCAACGCUGUUUUUCCGAAAAGGGGUACCCUUUAGAGUUUCCUGUACGCUCGAAAUGCAUUGCCCUCUUUCAAAAAAUCCACGGUGUUGACACCCUUCUUUUUUCAGUCUAUGUGUAUGAAUACGGGCAAGAAUGUCCAGCUCCGAACAAAAGAAGGGUGUACAUUUCUUGCUUAGAUUCUGUUCAAUAUUUUGAGCCCAGCUGCUACCGUAAAGCGGCUUACCAGGCAAUCAUUGUCGAAUAUCUGCGUUACGUAAAGGAGCGAGGCUUCCAUACGGCUCAUAUAUGGAGCUGUCCUCUGACGCCCGAAGACGGAUACAUUUUCUAUUGUCACCCAUCGCACCAACUUAUACCGCGAGAAGAUAUGCUUCAGUCAUGGUAUCAUCAGCUACUAGAAAAGGCGAAGUCAAGUGGUGUUGCUAUUAGCACCACCACGCUCUAUCACGAGUAUUUUGAAGGUGGGGCUGAUUCUACGAAAAUUGAGCAACAAAGGUUGCCGACCUGUCUCCCAUAUUUUGAAGGUGACUACAUACCUGGUGAAAUCGAGAAUAUCCUGGAAACAAUUGAUGAAAAAGAAAAUCAGAGUAGUGUCCAGAAACUGAUCAUGUCCCUGCUUGGGCAGAGGAUCAUGAAGAUGAAAGACAAUUUCCUCGUUGUUCAUUUACACAAUGAUGGUGUUGCUGCGGCUAGCGAGCAAAGCGAAGACGUUUCAAAAGGGUGUGACGGCUGCGACGAGAAAAUAGUGCUCAGCAAGAGAUCAAGUACAACUGAACCGGGUUUGAUGCGGAUCGAUGUAAGGGACGAUGAUGUAGCAAUGACGGAAGCUGACGCUUUUCCUGCCCGGGAGGAUCCUACUGUAUUGAAAACAGCUGCUCCACCGAAGAAGGUAAAUACUCCGGAGAAAGCUACACGUUCAAUGGGAGAGGCAACAUCCAAAUCUGAAAAAACUGAAGACAAGAGUGUUCCAACACCUGGUAUGUUGCUAUUUGAAAAGCCUGGGAGCGACACAAGUCUUGUUGAUUCAGCUAAAGACGCAGCAAAUGAGGGUGUGGCCCCAAUAUCAGUUUCAAUGGGAGAACCAACAGCCGAAUCUGAAAAGAGGAAAGAUAGAUAUGUUUCGACAGCUAUUGUUUGUGAGAAGCCUAGGAGUAACUUCAGUCUGAUUGAAUCAACGAAAGAUACAGCAGAAACCGCUGCGGCCCCCGAUUCAAUUUCGAUAGUAGAUUCAAAAGUUGAUUCCAAAGACACGGCUUAUUCAACAACUGGCGCUUUGCUUUGUGGUAAGCCUGGGAGCGACAUAAGCCCGAUUGAUUCAGCCGAUAACGUCAAAAAUGAAAUUGAGCUUCCUGGUGUAAGAGUAGCUGGAGUGAAAGAAGAAAGUGGAAGCGAGGGAUUGCGGGAGAAAGUCAGCCUUGCGCAUACUGUUUGCGUUGUAGAAUUAAAAGCUAACGAUGAACCUCCGCUAGAAGAAUCGGGCGGUAACGGAGGCCUGACAAACGAAAGCGAUGGGGUCGCUGCUUCACUCAUAGAGAAACAAGCUACCAUCCAGAUAGCUGGAGGGAAUCUUUCCGAAACCCAAACGGAGCCAAUCGAUUCGGAGGAUGGAUGUAUCGACGAUUCUGUCAACACUGCAGUCCAAUCUGGCGAGUUGGAUGAAAAGGAGGGAAGUGCAACAGAACAAAAUCGGGAUGAAGUGAUUGCCACCAUCGACAAGAAAGCGAGCAAAAGGCUUAUGGACAGCGCGAUCUCAACCCACACUGAACCCACCGAAUCUUCGAGUGAAAUUUCGACAAAAAGUGCUCUGGCGAGCAGAAGCCCUCUCGUCAAUAGAAAGAGGCCGCUGAAUUCGGUUGAAUCCAACACAUGGGAUGAAGAUGCUCCCAUUGAAAAUGCUUUGUUUGAAACCCCACAGCAUUUCUUAAAUUUUUGUAAAACAAAGCACUUUCAGUUUGAUGAGCUUCGACGAGCCAAACACUCCACUUUGUCGAUACUCUUUCAGCUGCACAAUCCUAUGGCUUCACACGUUCUUCAGCAGUGCGGAUCGUGCUACCGAGAUAUAACCUGCGAUGCCAGGUACCAUUGCAAUGUUUGCUCCAACUUCGACUUGUGCCAAGAAUGCUACAGCUCAGUAAUGAAGAAGGAGUUUGUUCUGAAUGACUCCCGCUUCGCUCAUGACACGAGCCACACGUUUUCUCCCAUUGAUACGGAAAUGCUUGAAGAAACGAAAACACGCGAAGAACGUCAGAAAUCCUUAACGGCGCAUGUUGAACUCCUGGAGCACGCUGUACCUUGCCAAGGCCCACCAGCAUGCUCUCUGGAGAACUGCCAGCGCAUGAAAAAACUCGUCGAGCACGUGGGAACUUGUAUGAUCCAACCAAAGAAGGACUGCAAGAUUUGCAGUCGACUCCUGUCGCUAUGUACAAUACAUUCGCGUUUGUGCGCUAUUCGCGGACCUUGUCCGAUUCCCUUUUGUGACCGAAUCCGAGAGCGCAACAAACGACUACGCCAGCAGCAAGAUCUUGUGGACGACCGGCGCCGACAAGCUCAAAAUGAAUUGUACCAAUCCUCUGAAGAGCCAUCUAUAACAACUUGAGACUGCAAGUCACUGUUUAACGUCAGAAUGUCGUUGCUGUAGAUAUGUUCCUUUUCAUUGUUGAUGCUGGGAUGAGUAAAGUUGGUUUUUUAAAAGACUGCAGUAGUAGGUUACUGUUAGUUGCCAAG